GUUAGCUUUUUGAAAUGUGUCCAAAGCAUAGUUUUUACAGCUAUCACUAAUGUUUUCAUUUUAAGUCAAAUACUCUGAAAUUACAAAAUCAAAACUUUAUUGAAAUAAUUUGGUGUGAUUAUGACCAACUUGAAAUGCGUUUUCUUGGCUGGAUUACUCCACGUGAUCAAGUUCCUGGCGUUUGAUUCCAGAAGUUCCAAUGCUCCGGCACCGAUGCUACCCUCGCUAAUCGUGGGUCUGGCUGCGAUGGAUCUUAUAUGGGGCAAUAACUUUGUUCCACGGCUACUUCAAAAUAGUCCGGCAGUGAUCAAGCGGAUAUACGAAGUGAUAGUGUCGUACCAGCUUUUGGGGUUUGUCAAGAUGAUUUGGGAGUCAGUGGAUAAUAUGUGUGUCGUCCUAUUGAAGAUCUUCAUAAUCGGCACUGGCCACGUAUCGGAGUCCAACUAUAAAAACUACGAGAGCUACUGGGUGGGCAUUGUUACUGUGCCGUUGUCCCUCCUGAUCCUUGCAUUUGCCGGCCAAACCACUGGCCAUUUCCCCGUGUUGCGCCGUGAAGAGGUGAUGGUUCAGCUGAACUGCAAGGAGGCCUUGAGGUACAUUAAUCGCCAUCCGACGAAGAAGCUGCGCCGCAUCGUGCCGAUUCUGAGGGAGCACAGGGAUCGGGAACGCCGACAGCAUAGGCAAUAAAUUGAAACUUGUGCUGGGCACGCGAAUUCAAUUGUAUUCGUUUAUUUUAUACAAGAAACAAGAAAUCAUAAUAUUUGAAUUGUUUUUAUUUAAAUUACAAAAUAACAACUAAAUUUGAUUUGCUUUCUACAGCACUCGCGCAUUUGUAUAACAAGUUCCGUAGAACGAGGCAUUGGACCUGGCCAACGUGCUCAUCUUGCCGCCAUGCAGACC